UGCCCAGUGCGCAGCAGCCGUCGCUCGGGGGCGCAGGUCGCACAGUGCCGGCGGAGCACCAGCGUCCGGUAUGAGGGCUUGGUCUGCGACACCUGCCUCCUCCUCGCUGCAGCGCCAUGGAAUGCCUGACGAGCCUGCCCCGUCUCCUGCCCCGCGGCGCCCCGCGAGCCCUGGUCUGGGGCCUGCCGGCCGCGGCCUCCUGCGGCGGUGCGGCGCCCCUGCUCCGACGGAGCCGGGCCAAGCUGCUGUGCUGUCCCCGCCGGCCAGGUGAGGUUCACCGGUUUAGAACUUCCGAUGUCUCUCAAGCCACUCUAGCCAGUGUAGCCCAGGUGUUCACUGUGACAAAAUUUGACCAAGAGGGAAAUGUCACUUCUUUUGAAAGGAAGAAAACUGAAUUAUACCAAGAGUUAGGUCUUCAAGCCAGAGAUUUGAGAUUUCAGCAUGUGAUGAGCAUCACAACCAGAAACAAUAGGAUCAUCAUGAGAAUGGAGUAUUUGAAAGCUGUGAUAACUCCGGAGUGCCUUCUGAUACUAGAUUAUCGUAAUUUAAACUUGGAGCAAUGGCUGUUCCGGGAACUCCCAUCCCAGUUGGCUGGAGAAGGCCAACUUGUCACAUACCCUUUACCUUUUGAGUUCAGAGCUAUAGAAGCACUCCUGCAAUACUGGAUCAACACCCUUCAGGGGAAACUUAGCGUUUUGCAGCCACUGAUCCUUGAGACGCUGGAAGCUUUAGUGGACCCCAGACAUUCUUCUGUAGACAGAAGCAAACUGCACAUCUUACUGCAGAAUGGCAAAAGUCUGUCAGAGUUAGAAACAGAUAUUAAGAUUUUCAAGGAGUCAAUUCUGGAGAUCUUGGAUGAGGAGGAGUUGCUAGAAGAGCUCUGUCUGACAAAGUGGAGUGACCCGCAAGUCUUUGAGAAGAGCAGUACUGGGAUUGACCAUGCCGAAGAGAUGGAGUUGCUCUUAGAAAAUUACCACCGAUUAGCUGAAGAUCUUUCUAAUGCAGCUCGGGAACUGAGGGCACUGAUUGAUGACUCACAGAGUAUCAUCUUCAUCAAUCUGGACAGUCACCGUAAUGUGAUGAUGAGAUUGAACCUGCAGUUGACCAUGGGAACCUUCUCUCUCUCUCUCUUUGGACUAAUGGGAGUUGCUUUUGGAAUGAAUUUGGAAUCUUCCCUUGAGGAGGACCACAGAGUGUUCUGGCUGAUCACAGGAAUCAUGUUUCUGGGAAGUGGCCUUAUCUGGAGGCGUUUGCUCUCCUUCCUUGGACGACAACUAGAAGCUCCCUUGCCUUCCAUGUUAAUACCACCUGCUUCAAACGAUGAUUGGGAGAACUCAAUGAGAGAAUAUGUGCAGCACGGUGCCUGGCACAGUAGACAAGAGACUGGGCUCUUCAGAACACUGACAAGCACUACGCAUUUGGACAGAUGUAGUUCUUGCAUAAAGUUUUAUCAUGUAGUGGACAGUGUUCUGAUUGAGAAAAGAUGGCCUCUUUACCUAAGAAGACCUUUCUGGCAGAUAGAAGGGUGGAACUGAAGCACAGCCUCAGGCCAGAUGGACUUGGACCGAACAGGAGCAUCCUGACAGACCGUUAGCAGCAACCUGGUGCAUGCUAGACGUUCUUAUAUUUCUAAUACUAUCACUUUGUUUUAUAGAGUUAUACACUUGAAAAAUUUUGAUAUUUAAGUUAUGACAGUCACAACCAGAAUUCUAAGAAACAAAGUACUUGCUUUGUAAAAGGCCAAAAUUCUAUUUCCUACAAAUAGUUUUUAUAGACACAGAUUAACUAACCUAAGAAUAGACUGUUAUGUGCUUUUUACUUAAUUUAUACGUACUAUGCUGAAUCUUGAAGCCUAGACACUUGAUAGAGCCAUACUGAGAUCGGGUAGCUGCAGGUCUUGGUACAGGGAUCAUGGACAUGUGAAUUUCCUGACUCAGGUGACUGAAAAGCUAGCUUGAUACGUGUUAACCCUACAACAAACUCUGGACGUUUGUGCUUUAAAAUCAGUCCUUGGCUUAACUGUUUUCUUGUGUUUGCCCCCUUUUAUAGAUAUAAGACAUAUUUUUAAACAUUAAUGUCACUAUUAUGUGGAUUCCAAUUAAGAUUUCACUUUCUUAACCCCUGAAACUUUUUCUUUGGUUGCCUAUAAACAGAAUCUUUGGAAGCAGUUGAAAGGGAGUAUUUCCAUUCUGUUACUGUCUCCACCACCUCUCCUGAAAAUGAAAAUGUAUACAGCCUAACCAGUCUAUAUGCCUGCACCUCAAAAGUUAACAGAGGGACAAGAGGAGAGAUAAAUGUCAGAAUUCUGAUACUUUUAAUUUCCACAGUCAGAAGUUUGGCUUUAAAACAGAUGGCUAAGGUAUAUCUGAAAGCUGCUGUCCUACUGAACAUCUUAUCUGCCGAAGCUUCAGUGCACUUGUAUCCUAGAACUCUACAGUUGGAAUGUGCCUGCAGAGUAGUGGCCAAAGCGGCUCUCACACUGCAGGUGUCGUAAUAACAGCGUCAGCAUGAAGCAACGCUGAUGCUUUGGCACCUGAUGACACCCCACUGUGGCAUUGUGAGAGGAAGUUUAGAGACCCUUUACCAGGUGGUUUGGUGAUGGCAAUGAAAAUGUUCCAGUAGCUGAUUUGAAAGAAAACAGUAAAGUAACCAGUAAGAUUUCCCCACUCCUGUGGGUGGUCAUAAGAAGCCAUUAGAGGGAGGCUGGAGAACAGGUGGCAGGAACAGGCUGGGCUGGUCUUGGAGCCCUUCGGGGCCCACGGUGCACCUCACUGUGGGUCAAGAGCACACUUCCUGGUGUGGAUGCUGAGAUGUGAACAUGCAAUACCUCUAGCAUUACAAAUCCUUUGGUAAUACUUGGAUUUCAUGGGGCAUCCUCUUUGGCACUCCUCAGAGCAGUGUGUUGCUUUUUGGGUCUUAUCACUGUAAAAUUGGUAACUUAUUUAAUGUAUAUAAAGAAUUGGAAUCCCAGGGGGCAAAGUUUGAUUUUACUAAGGUCCGGCAUAGGUCCAAAUUUUGGUCAUUUUUCCUUAUACUGUUACUGACUUAAUUUAUAAGCUUGAGUAAAAUAUUUUUUGAUUAGUCAUGUCCCAUGAAUAAAAGGGAAAGUAUAAUUACCUCGUAAGUCUGAUAAAGGAAGUACUAAGGUUUAUAAAAUUCUUGAAGUUGAUUAGACCAAGUCUGAGUUCAACGUCUGGCGGCUCUGCUUUGGGGACUGCAGGAUGCUUCUCACAUCACAGUCCUCAUGAAAAUAAAACUGCCCAAAACAGGCUCACUGAUUUUACAUUUUGAACUCAAGUAGAUAGAGCAUGUAUGCUACUAUGUAAAAUAAAGGUGGUAAAAUACCAAACCCUGGGUUAUGUGAGGAGGCAAGCAGUCAGGUCCCUGUCGAACCAGUGUAAGGUCUGGUAUCCAGCAGACUGUCCUCCUGGCCUCCGAGCAGAUGUCCUUUCAGGAUGCUGUGGAGCUGUGCUUGAUUCUUGAUAGCGAUGAACUGAAAUAGCACUAAACACUUUCAAAUUAAAAAGCAGUUUUGGCAAGUUGUUACAAGAAUGGUAUGCAGUUUCCUUUUUUGGCACUGCAAGAGCAACAUCACACUUGGACUCAACUUUCAUUACUUUAGUAAUAGCUACAGAGGUGAUCUAAUGGAUGGUGCAUGGACCAGCUCACCUCGAAUCAUUUUACUCUUAGAUCUGUGGUACAAAGGCAUAAAACAAUUCCAGUCUUGAAACUGAUGAAAGUUGUUAUGAAGAUAGGAAAUGUGAAUAUGCAAAUUCUUCUGAUAUCUUGAAAUAAAAGUAAUUGCAUUAAGCAGA